AUGUUGCGUUCUCAUUUUGAGUUCGCUUAUGUUCUUAACUUCAUUAUCUUCAUAUCCUUUGUAUCUUCAGCAUCAUUUGGUGAUUUCUGUUCAAAUGAUUUAUCUUGUCAUUAUCCUUUAAUUUGUUCUAAUUCAAGUAAUAAAUGUAUCUGUCCAUUAUCAUCAUCUGUAACAUUUUGGAAUGUAGAACAAAAUUCAUGUCUAUUUUGUCCAUAUGGAUGGAUUGAAUGGCAAAAUGAGACAUGUCUUUUAUUUAUACAACCACCAGAUGGUGGUAUCGCACGUGAAAAAGCAAAAAAUGCUUGUUUAACAUAUUCAGGACAAUUAUUACAAAUUGAUUAUUAUCAAGAUUAUAUAGAAUUUCAAUAUAAAAUAAAUACUUUAUUACAAGGUGAACAUGUUAAUGAACUGAAUGAAUUCUUAAGUAACGGUAUUUGGAUUAAUUUUACUGAUUAUACAAAUUGGAUGAAUUCAUAUGAAUGGUGUGAUAUGGAAUAUGAAAAUGAUACAUGGUUAUGGAAUGAUUGUAUUCGUAUAACAAAACAAUUUUCAAAUAAUAAAAUGAAUACAUCACUUUGUUUAAGUCAUGUACAAUGUAAUGAAAAAUUAUCAUAUAUUUGUGAGAAAUUAGCAAUUAUUCAAAAUGAUAUUACUAAUGAUAACAGAUUAUUUGGUUUAAUUGGUGGUCUUGUCGGAAAUCUAUUUGGUUCGAAACCACAACCUCCACCACCUCCACCACCACCACCAGAGCCAAUUAUUAUUUAUCAUACAAAUCCUCCAAAGACAGAAAUAGAACAACCGUUACCACAAACUUCAAAAUCAAAUAAUACAAUACUUUACAUUAGCAUUGCCGCCGUUGUUGUUCUCAUUUUAAUUAUAAUACUUUGUUGUUGUUUUUGUGGUGGUUUUCUUCUUUUGAAAAGUGACAAUAGUUCAACUACAACACCACGACCAUCACGCUUUCAUCGACGACAUGAUAGAACUAGUGUCGAUUCGACUGCUAGUGAUGCUACAUAUUGA